CGACAGGUAAUCAAUAUUCUUUAACAAAAAUCUUUUUUAUAAUAUGAUAAACCAAAUUUCAACAUCAAUUUAUAAUACAACAAAAAGGUAUAGUGAUCCUCAUAUUUUAUAUGAAUUGGAAGGAGUUCAGGUUGAUAUAAUACCUAAACAGAAUGUUAUAUCCUUAAAAAGAUAUCAAGACAUAUUAAAUAUGCCAAUUAGAAAACUAGAUGACAAAUUAUUUGCAUAUAAUUUUGAGACUGAAUCGCAAGUUCAUCUCUCUGGAAAAAUCUGAGAGAUUGUUUUAUAAAAGAGAGGCAAAAGCUAAAAAGACUGAAAAGUGGGUCAGAGGUCACAUCUCAUGGCCAUUCUAUCAGGAUAUGCUAUUCCUGGUAAAAACCUUAACACCUAGAUCACAGAAAUCCUCUUUAGAUAUAGAGGAAUGUACUACUAAAGAUGCAAAUGAUAUAUUUAAUGAAAUAACAGGGGGUAUACAUGAAUGUGAUCUCAUUGAUAGUGAGAAUAUAUCAGAUGAUAUAUUCAUUCCCAAAGAUUCUGCAGCAUUAAAUCUUAGUAAUGAUUCUGAAUCUAUGUCCUGUGUUGGGUCACCUAGUUUUUAUUAUAAAUGUCCUAAGAGAAAGAACAAUGAUAUGGAUGACUAUAGGAAAUUAAUGAAAAUAGAAGCAGAUAAAGCAUUAAUAAUCUUGGAAAUGCUUAAAAAUAAAUCAACAGAACAUGCAAUAUGUUUAAUGUUAUAAGAAAAAUUAGAUGAUUGUACCAAAGAGGAAAAAAAGAAAUAACAAAUAAAAUA